AUGGCCGAAUCAAGUUCAAACUCAUCUUCAGACUCUCUUACUGAGCAAGAGCUUCAACUUCUGAAGAAGCUCUCGAAGAAAUACGAACAGAAGGAGUCGAAGGAGAAAAAGGCUGAAGAGAAAACCAAGAAAAGAAAAGUCGAAACAGGUACUUCACAGAAACAGGGGGAUGACAAAGAGUUAAACCAAAAUCAAAGAUGUUUUAGGGUUAGUGAUUUACAAGAAAGGAAGACCUUUGUGAAAAAAGAUAAUGAAAAGAACAACCCUAAAAAGCUACCCUAUGGUAUGAUUCUCAUGCCUGUGUUUGAGUUUCUGAAUGUUGAUCUAGAUAAGCAUGUUGGUCAAUCUGUUUCCAAGCUGGAUAGCGGAUCCUUGAAAAUGAAGGAUGAGGAAGCAGAUAAAGAAGAAUUAAAAGAAGAAGAAGCAGAAAAAGAGAAAGAACAUGAAGAGCAAGAAAAAGGGAAGGAAGCUGAGGAAGGCAACGAUGCUGAAACAGAGAAAAUAGAAAUCAGUGAUGAAAAGACUACUGAGGGCAAAGCAGAGCAAGAAUCUGAGUCAUUGUCAGCUCAACGUAGUAGGGAUGCUAUGCUAAAAAGAUUAGAAGAGGAUCUAGUAGCAGAACAUAACAGGGAACUUGAUGAGGCGAUUCAACAGUGCAAGACUGUGAUUGAACAAAAUCAGUCUCUCAUUGAAGUUCUGGAAAGGAUAAAAAGAUGUAAAUGCGAGGAAGUUAGCUACUCUAAAGGUGAAAGGAACACCUUACGUUCCCCCUCCUCAGAGAAGCCAAAGAAAUGCGAAGCAUACUGCUGGCAAGCACAAAACACAUGGAAGAAAGCCUCCACUACAUCCAUCUUCAAAAAGGACAGAAAGUUCCUCUGA